UUAACACAUGAAGCUCUGACUUCACUUUAAAGAACCGGAGGUUGUCUGCUGGCUGGUUUAUGUCGGUUUGCCGGUUCCACUCGUUGUCUUCUUGUUUCUUCACAGAACAUCGUGUUACUGAUGAUCAGUGACACAAACACAAUCUGCAGUAAAUAACCUAAACCAUGAAUCUGACUCGUCCCCAGACAGGAAGUGAGGACAACAUGUUUCCCCCCCGCUGCCUCCAGCUGCUACUGUCCUGCAUCCUGCUGGUUCUGCUGGUCCAGUUUCCUCAGACUCGGUCCAGACCGGCCACCGAGGACACGGACACAGCCGACGCAGUGAAAUCCUCUGAAGACGAAGAGGACGACGAGUCGUCCUCAGAGGAAAACAAGCUGUCCAACGAGCUGUCGACGAGCACCGAGAAGCUCCAGAUGUCGGCGCCGCAGUGGGUGAUGCCGGACAAGAUGGAGAAGCAGCUCCAUGCCGUCCCCGCCAGCAGGACGGUGAAGUUUCGUUGCCAGGCGACAGGAAACCCGGUUCCCUCCCUGCGCUGGUACAAGAACGGGAAGGUGUUCAGGAAGGACCAGAGGAUCGGAGGGUUCAAGAUCAGAGACCACAUGUGGACUCUGAUCAUGGAGUCUGUGGUUCCGUCGGAUAAAGGGAACUACACCUGUGUGGUGGAGAACGAGUACGGGAGCCUCAAACACACCUACCUGCUGGACGUAGUUGAGCGUUCUCCUCACAGACCGAUCCUGCAGGCCGGUCUGCCGGCCAACCAAACGGCGGUUGUCGGUCGUAACGUGGAGUUUGUGUGUCGAGUGUUCAGCGACCCGCAGCCUCACAUCCAGUGGCUCAAACACAUCACCGUCAACGGCAGCCGAGAGGCUCCGGACGGACACCCUUACGUCCUCGUCCUCAAGACGGUGGGUUUGAACACGACCGAUAAAGAGAUGGAGGUUCUGACUCUGAGGAACGUGACUCUGGGCGAUUCGGGCGAGUAUACCUGUCUGGCGGCAAACUCCAUCGGCGUCUCUCAUCACUCGGCGUGGCUCACCGUCGUCGACGACCUGCCUCCCGCCCCGCUGCACUCUCAGACGUACCUGGAGAUCUUCAUGUACUGCCUGGGCUUCUUCAUCAUCAUCAUCCUCACGGCCACUGCGGUCGUCUGCAGACUCUGCUGCGCCCCGAAGAAGAGCGACUUCAGCAGCCAGCUGGCCGUCCAGAAGUUAGCCAAGAGCCUCCCUCUGAGGAGACAGGUGUCGGUCGAGUCCUCGUCCUCCCUCCAGUCGGGGAUGUGUUUGAUGCGUCAGUCUCGUCUCUCCAGCGGCGCCACCACCAUCCUGACGGGAGUUUCGGAGUACGAACUCCCCUACGAUCCCGCCUGGGAGCUUCCUCGUGACAGGUACGACAUUCUGCAGGUUCAACUCUACUGGAGAGCUUCAUGUUUCUGUUACACCCAGGAGACAACCUCCAAAGCUUCAUGUGUUGAAGCUGCAUU